CGUGGCAAGACACAAUUUUUAAGUUCAAGUCUUUCAAAAUUAAUCCUUAAAGAAUAAAAUAUUGGUUAAUAAUUUAAUUUAAAUAAAUAAAUGAUAUUCUAAAAUGGUAAAUUGGUUAAUGAUAAGUUUUUUAUUAUCAAUAGUAAGCUAUAUUUUAGUUGAUCAAGUAUCAUCAUCAACAUCCUACUGCAAUGUUGACUCAUGUCCAUACAAUAGUCAUACCAUGUGCAAAUAUAGAUCUCCAACGUAUUCUUCAUGGUGUGGCAACAGAAGGUACAUCAAGUCAGGAUUGACCAGAAAUGAAGUGUUGGAAUUGGUAAGAGUUCAUAAUCAUCUAAGAGCCUUUGUAGCAAGUGGAAAAGAAAGAAGAGGAAGUCCUGGACCUCAACCUAGAGCAAAAAAUAUUGGACCUUUGGUUUGGAAUAAUGAAUUAGCAAUCGUAGCACAAAGAUGGGCCAAUCAAUGUGUAUUUGGUCAUGAUCAAUGUCGAAAUCUUGCUCAAUUUAAAGUUGGCCAAAAUAUUGCCUUCAGCAGUACUUCAACUGUAUUUCCCAAUAACUUGACAAGCAUUGUUCUUCAGUGGUACGAUGAAGUUGCAGAUUUUAAUAGACACUUGGUUAACAAACUGCAAUUUACAACUGCUCGUGUCUAUCACUACACUCAAAUGGUAUGGGCUGAAACAAAACAAGUAGGUUGUGGAUGCACUAGAUAUAAAAAAAAUAAUUACUGGUAUACAACACAUCUUGUAUGUAAUUAUGGACCGACUGGUAAUGUAAUUGGUCGACCAGUAUAUGAAAUUAACAAAUAAAUUAUUGCUUCCUCUA